AUGGAGACAGAAUGCCACUAUAUAGAGGCUCCUUCACAGAGGUUUGCUUUACAAUUUUGCUUUUUGAAUUCCUAUCUCACAAUAACAAGGAUUGACACCACUGGCGGCACGAGAGAAAUUAUGGGCAAACUGCAUGAAAUCGAGACAAUUCUGAAAGAUCAAACAAGCUUGAUCUUAAAUUUUCCAAAAGAAGCUGAACCAUCUUCAUCGGAAGCUUUUAUGGAAUCGCCAGUGCACAAUACAACCGGGGCCAUCGCAGCAAUUUCAUCCAACACCUUUACAUCGCCCUCUCUCGGAUUUGCAGAUUUUCAACACAGUUCGGACAUACAAAUUCCACCAUUAUUAAUUCCACCCGAGCAUAAAACCUCAUCGAGCUAUCUGUUAAGUCUUCCACAGGUCAAAUCACUUGUUGGAGACUAUCCACCUGAUUUAUUUUUCCGUUUGGAGUCUUGCGAGCCACUACCUCUUGAGACAGAAUGGAGCAACCCACCAACCCCACAGCAGCCAUGGCGGAUUGACGAAAGUUAUGCCGCAAAAUUGGUCGAUUCAUUUUUCUCAUCUGCACACCAACACCACCCAUUACUAGAUGAAAGUGAUUUCCGUGCUCUAUACAGCCGCUUCAUCGAGAAGGAGCCAGAUUCUAGCAUUGAUUGCGCCUUAUGUAUGGUCGUAUUGGCAAUUGGAGAGGCCGCCAUGGCCGAAGCAGAUAUUUCUUCUCUGAAGACUUCGCCACCUGGGAUGCGAUUUAUAAAACAUGCUAUGCCCACUCUUCUCUAUCAAUCAUCUUGGUCAUUCUCAUUCGAUUUAUCAUUGCCCCAGGCACUCGUUCUGUCCAGCAUAUACUACGCGUAUAUCGUUCGCCCACUUCGAAGUUGGAGGAUGGUUUAUUCUGCUGCAACAAUACUUCAACUUCAACUCUCUAGGCAUGCUUCAUAUCAGAGAACGCCUCGGGAGAGGGAAUCUAUCAUCCGACUCUUCUGGUCCUGCUUUUUGGUCGAAUGUGACCGAAUUGCCGAGCUUGAGUUGCCACGAAGUGGACUGCAGCAACUGGCCGACACCAUUAGCCUCCCGGCAUGCACGGAUCUCGAUAUAAUUCAAUCAACCAGCUUUCUAGCUGAAAUAUCGGUGCGCAAACUAUUGAAUCGCAUUCACAACCUGCUUUAUCAAAGCGGUAAAACUCUUCCAGCAUUUUCAUCCACUACGCUGACCGUGCGCAAUGACCUUUUUCCCGUUGACAAUGUGGCUCUACAAUCAUUUUGCGAUGAGCUACACUCUCAGCUUGAGAUUUGGCAUUCGUCUAUACCUGACGCUGCGCGUCCAAAUCUUGACCCUGGGUCUAUAGGGAUAGCUUCCAGUGAUCGCCAAACUAUACUACGAAUUAGAUAUUUCGCAGCUCGUCAUAUUCUAUACCGACCCUUUCUCCUUCAGAUAAUCAGCAAUCCCGGAAGCUUACCUUCAGGCGAAACCAUUGACAAGGCUUGCAUCUGUAUUGAAAGCUGCCGAAAUUAUAUUCACAGCACGACCCCGGUACUAGUCAGUCCAAGCCAAUAUACUUGGACAUUUUCAAUAUCAUCGCUGGGCGCUAUUGUUGUUUUAACCUUGGCCUCUAUGAGCCCAAUUCUUCAAGGCUUUGUUACCGAUAUCGAAGAGCUGCAGGACCGGGCUAUAGACAAUAUUCGACCAUGGGCAUUUUCGAGUCUGGAGGUGGUGAUCAAUAUCCUGGAUGAAUUGCGAAGGAAGCACAAUCUGCUAUCUCGCAUGCAAAGUAGUGUCUCAUAG